AUGCCGUCCUCUUCCCUUUCGCAAAACAUCUCCGUCCGGAUCCUCAAAGCCGCCGAGAAAGGCCGCUACGGCGUGCCGGGCGUGGUGUGCUACAACCUCGAAGCGAUCAUCGCCUGCCGCAAGGCCGCCGAGGCGAAGAACUCGCCCUGCCAGAUCCUCCUCUUCCCGUGGGCGCAGGAAUACGCGUACGACAACCUGGUCAACCUGGCCGCGGACGUGUGCCGGAGCGCCAAGGUGCCUAUGUCCCUGCACCUGGACCACGCACAGAGCGAAGAGGCCAUCAAAAAGGCCGCCUUGACGGGCAAAUUCGACUCCAUCAUGGUCGACAUGAGCCACUACGAGAAGGAGGAGAACCUGGCGCGCACGACCGAGCUGGUCAAGUUCUGCCACGAGCUGGGCAUCGCUACCGAGGCCGAGCCCGGGCGCAUCAACGGCGGCGAGGCCGGCGUGCAAGAUACGGGCGACCUCGAGGGCAUCUUGACCACACCCGAAGAAGCCCUGCAGUUCAUCAACACGGGCAUCGACUUCCUCGCGCCCGCGAUCGGCAACGUCCACGGCCCUUACCACGGCGUCCAGAACAUCAAGCUGGACUUCCCGCGCCUGGCAGGCAUCCGGGACGCGUCGCUCGGAAAAGUCACCCUGGUCAUGCACGGGACCAACGAGUUCACCGCCGACAUUUUCAAGCAGUGCGUCGACGCCGGCAUGACCCGCCUCAACGUCAACCAGAUCGUCCUGUGGAAGUACGAGAAGUACGCACAAGAGAAGGCUGGCAGGACACCCCUGACUGAGUUCAUGGAGGAAGGCACCGCCCUGAUUCAGGAGCGCAUCGAGUGGAUGAUGGACGCUGUAGGGAGCACGGGACGCGCUGUCGACGUCAAGAUAUAG